GCACACACCUUGCUCUUACCAGGACCCGAGCGCCACCUCCCCGCGGCCCGGCUGCACCCAGUUCUGAGCGGUACCAUGAUGUGGGGUGUAGGCAGAUCCCUGGCCUGGCUCUCAGGUGGCCCAGGCAACUUGAACGUGAGCAGCAGUGUGGACCCAGUGGAGGGGCCCACAGGCCCAGCUGCUCUGCUACCCUCUCCUAGGGCCUGGGACGUCGUGCUGUGCAUCUCAGGAACCCUGGUGUCCUGCGAGAACGCGCUGGUGGUGGCCAUCAUCGUGGGAACUCCCGCCUUCCGGGCCCCCAUGUUCUUGCUGGUGGGCAGCCUGGCGGUGGCAGACCUUCUGGCAGGCCUGGGCCUGAUUCUGCACUUUGCCGCCGUCUUCUGCAUCGGCUCGGACGAGAUGAGCCUGGUGCUCGUUGGCGUGAUGGCGCUGGCCUUUACUGCCAGCAUCGGCAGCCUGCUGGCCAUCACUGUCGACCGCUACCUUUCCCUCUACAAUGCCCUCACCUACUACUCAGAGACAACAGUGACUCGGACCUACGUGAUGCUGGCUCUGGUGUGGGGAGGUGCCCUGGGUCUGGGGCUGCUGCCCGUGCUGGCCUGGAACUGCCUGGACGAGCUGACCACGUGCGGCGUGGUGUAUCCACUCUCCAAGAACCAUCUGGUGGUCCUGGCCAUCGCCUUCUUCAUGGUGUUUGGCAUCAUGCUGCAGCUCUACGCCCAGAUCUGCCGCAUUGUCUGCCGCCAUGCCCAACAGAUUGCCCUCCAACGACACCUGCUGCCUGCCUCUCACUAUGUGGCCACCCGCAAGGGCAUCGCCACACUGGCCGUGGUGCUUGGCGCCUUUGCCGCCUGCUGGUUGCCCUUCACCGUCUACUGCCUGUUGGGUGAUAUCCACUCCCCACCUCUCUAUACCUAUCUCACCCUGCUCCCUGCCACCUACAACUCUAUGAUCAACCCCAUCAUCUAUGCCUUCCGCAACCAAGACGUGCAGAAGGUGCUGUGGGCCAUGUGCUGCUGCUGUUCCUCUUCUAAGAUCCCCUUCCGGUCCCGCUCGCCCAGCGACGUCUAGUUACAUCCCGGUGACCCUUCAGUCCUGACCACUACAGAAUUCCAGAACGUUAGGUCCUCCAGGGCUUAGUUCCAAACCUUUCAGCUCCACACCCCUUAGGCCCAGCUGGUUCUGGAGUUCUAGGACAUUGGGUGUUUCAGGAUCCCUGUAGGGACCCAGCUGGCUCCAUGGUUCUAGAAUGUUCCAGGUGGUCAGGGUUCCACUCAGAAAUGUUUCACAGCCCAGGUGGCUUGUAAUUUCAGAAUGCUGGUAAUUUUACAGUGCCAUUCCAAGUCCUAGAUCUUUCCUCUUCCUGAAACUUGACCUUGGCCAUGUCACUUUACUUUUGAAUUUCUGAGCUCCAGAGCUCAAGAGGUUAGUCAGGAAAAAUAUUUAUCUACAUAUGUCUGCACAUAUAAAGAAAAGAGAGUAUAUUAUUUAUUUAUUUAUAUAAAUUUUAUUUAUGGGUGGCAAGGAAAAAAUACCCACACCUUGAAAUCUAGGCCAUACCAGGGUAUCCCCAGCCCCUAAACCCCCAUUUCUGACCUCAGUUCCUGGAGGGGAAAAAUGGAGAAAGAGAAACCACGUAUUUUGUUAUUAUUUUUGCUUAUUUUUUAUCAGAGAGAUCAUAGAAACCAGAGCCUUCUCCCCAGGCCCGGCCUCCCAGGGUUUGCAGGGGGGAACACACCAGCCUCUGGUUUUUUAUUUUUUUAAGAAGCCAUCACCUGAGCAACCGCGAAUUCCUCUGCGCUGGGGCCCGGCUACCCUCUGGUGGCCAUUUCGGGGAACUGCAACCCGGCGAGGCAGUCGGGACUAGAAAACGCAUUCCCUACUCUUAUCUAUUCCAGCCUGGUUUCCAGCGCC